UUUGGCGAUUGGUCACUGCCGUCAUGUGACCAAGGCUCGGCAACAUGUGCCAUUGGUUUGCUUGGUGCAGAAUAAUCUGGAGUGGCACCAGUUGUAGUCUAAAGCUUCUUUUACAGACAAUUUCGAGGAAGAUUGUGCACCUCCAGUGAAUUUGCUAAUGGGAAGAAAGAAAAUAAUACGUUGAGGUGAAAGCUGGUGACCUCUGAGGAUGCAGGAACGUUUCAGGGAAUCUGUGCAUCCCACAUCAAGAGUGAACCAUGAGUAAUGUGGAGGACAAACUUGAGCAGAUGAUACCAUGAAGAAAAGCUCACAGGUCCCCUAUCACCAACUACCAAGAGAAACAGACACCUAUAAUAAAGAGAAGGCCAAGACUGGUAGAGGAUUCCCACACUAGCGUACCCUGACCCCCGACUGAGGAGGAGACUGGAACUGGCUGAGUCUCAUGGUGGUCGAUCAAUUGCUGAUGGCAAGAUAGGAGUGUCAUCACAGGAGAGUCUUGGUCAUCUCACAGUGGACACAGCUGCAGGGACCGGGGACCAGUCGGCCAACUUUGAGGAGGAGGGGAAGGGAUUCUCAGAGGGUGCAAUGUCACAUCAUCCAUCUGCCCCUCCAAGAGCGCAGAUUUCAUCUACAGCUUUGCUCCCUCAAUGGGCUGCUUGUGUUGAAGUAGGCCACAUCUGGUCAGCUCCUCAGCUUUGCCAGUAUGCACCAUGCACCUGGGUGCUGGGCGAUGGAGUGCGAAAUGAAGGAGGCAAUAGCAGUAUUUCUACUGAUCCUGGCAUUGACAGAAGAACUAGUAUCCACUGCACAAGAAUUGCCUCCUAAUUCAAGUUCUCAAAAUCAUCUAAUAGAGUUAACUUCUGUAAGCACGGCACUUCCCAAACCUAGUGCUAAUCCCAAGAUAAUGGAUUAUACGAACUGGCAUAGGACCUCAGAUACAGAUGGAAAUAUCUUGAAAUAUCUUCAGAUAGCCCAUGACAUCAAGCUAAUGGAUACCAGCUUAAUUGAACCCACACCUACCAUCAUCCAGUUACCACCGUCCAUCUCACCUCAGGAUAUUGCCCAUAAUUAUCACAGAACAAUGGAGGUCUCUGUUUCCAUGCACAAUCAAAGUACUUUGUAUUCAGAGCCAACACCUUUAAAGGAGAGAGUGUCUCCACUUCAUAAAAAUGAGUUAGUGGAGCCAGUACAACUUCAUGGAAAUGUGAUACUGCAUUCUUCAUUUACUACCAGAAUAUACCAUGAUUUCGAGACAAUCCCUUCAUCUGUUAACCAUCAAUCUGAGCUGGUUUCAAGAACCUCUGAAAUCCAUAACAUCACUCUGCUGAAAUUUUCAAAUGUUGCAGUUACACUGCACGAGAGUGACAAUCUGCACGACCUUAAGAGUCUCUGGCAAGCUGAGGGAUCAAGCAAUACAGAAGAAAAGAUUUCACAGUCAUUACUAUUUCCUGCCUUGCCAACCAAUCUGAUAAUUAGUUCCAUCUCACAGGUCACAUCUAUUUUUGAUAGCUUGUCAUUAAAAUCAGAGCCAGGUCUAAACCUGGAUUUGUCUAUCAUAACAACGAGUGACUAUCCCCCAUAUAUAGAUAGACUCAAGGAUUUAUUGAAAGUUGGUGAUCAAAACCUGUCAGCCAUGUUUGAAUCUUACAUUUCAACCUCCAUGAUAACAUUCAGCACGAUGGAAAGUGAUUCUUUUUCUAAUGGCAUUCUGUCAACUAUGUCUGCACCUGAGAUCUCUUCAACCUUCUCUGAAUCUGACACAACAGCAGCAGGAAGCUUCCUGAACAGAGUAGUCCCUGCAGGAACUAGGGAUCCUGAAAUACCCAGAAACAUUUCCCAUGUAGCUGAAGUAGAUAAGCCUCAACAAAAAGCAACUAUCUGCCUCAGCAAAAUUGACAUAGCCUGGAUUAUUCUGGCUGUCAGUGUGUCUGUUUCAUCAUGCUCAGUUCUACUUACAGUGUGCUGUAUGCAGAAAAAGAGGAAGCCGUCAAACCCUGAAAACAAUUUAAGUUAUUGGAACAAUACAAUCACGAUGGAUUAUUUCAACAGACAUGCUGUGGAACUUCCAAGAGAAAUCCAGUCUCUUGAAACAUCAGAGGAGGGCUAUAUCAGGAUCAUGGAGCCUGGUGAACUAGCUGUAUGCCUGGUUGUAUGCCUGGUGGCCUACAGAGAGAAAAGAUGACAGAGGAGACAGCGACUGAGGUGCCUGGCCGCGCAGAGGCAGGAGCAGCAACCUCAGGAAGAAGUGGUGGCUGGACCUCCCGUACACUGCGCAGAAGAGCCACAGCAAGUCAUCGCUAGUCGGUGCCUAGCGACACCCAAGGUCUGUAGAUGCCUCCUGCUCCUGCAGAUGACCGAAAACCAGUGCCGCCGAAGGCUGCCCAUGUCUAGGGAAAUGGUCACUCACAUCUACCAACUGCAGUAGGAUUUGGUGCCACAGGGACACAGAGGGCCUGAAAGUGACCACAGCGCUCAAUUUCUAUGCCAGUGGCUCUUUGUGAAAUUUCACAAGCCUCCACCCACAAAUGCAUCCAUGAGAUCAUGGGUGCCAUAUUUGCAAGGGCACACACUUUUUGCAUUUCAUCCGGGACCAGGACAGCCAGGAUGCAAGAGCAAUUGGUUUCCAGAUCUCAGGUUUCCCACAGGUUCAGGGUGCGAUUGACUGCACUUAGGUGGCACUCAGCUCUCCAUUGCAGCUGUUAUGAACGAUGCAGUUGGUA